AUGGUUAACCUUACAACCAUCUUUAGUGCAAUAGGUAUCUCUGUAUCCUUUGGCCUCAAUUUAACUCCAAUACCGUCUCUUUAACUUUAACUUUAAUAGAAAUCUCUUUGUAUUCAGUCCCCUUCAGUGAGGUCCAACUUGAUUAACAGCUCUGAAUAACGAUAGGUGGACCUUCCUAACCGUCAAACCGUUAAUGUUAACAAGUCACUCAAGACUUCUCUGAUCAACACCAGACUCAGCAUAGGCCUCUUCACUUCACUCUAGACUCUCAAGAGGAUCGACCUUUUCACAUAAGCCAGAGUAUAAGUCCCUACCUGCAUACCAGGUACAAUAGACCUAUCUCUUAACUGCCAUUUUAAUAUUGUGUGACCGUCUCUUAUUAAAGCUAACAAAACAAGAGAUCUUAGUGAAAUUUCCCACCUUUACUUAAUUAUAGCUAGCCUUAAUUAUCUCAAUUGGUGCCUUUAUGCGACUAAAGAGUCAUUAAUUGGUCCACUUAUAAACAAUAUAUCAGGCUUGUGCUUUGUUAUGACAUAUAUAAUUAUUUAUCACAAAAUAAAACAAGAUACCUGGAAAUUUAACUCAAUUUAUUUUGGCUGCUGCCUAAUCGGAUCAAUGAUAGUGUUCAAAAUAGUUCCUAGCUAUUUAUUAGGGUUUCUUUCUGUAGGACUCUCAGCAUUGCAAUAUAUUGCUCCUAUUGAGCAGAUUAAGCCAGCUCUACUCAAUAAAGAUCAUAAAUAUAUUGAUAUUUUCAUUAUUCCAGCUCUAAUUUGCAAUGCUACUGUUUGGGGUAAUUAUGGAAUUCUUGUUAAUGACUGGUUUAUUAUAAUUCCAAAUUUAUUAGGACUUUUAUUUUCAUUGUUUCAGAUCUUGGUAUAUGCAUGGGCUAAAGGAUAUUUGCCUCAUUCCCUCUUUUCUAAGCUUGCAAGUAAAAUCAGAGAAAUUUCAGGUAAAAAUAAAGAAAAUGAAAAUGAAAUUAAGCAUUAUAUUUAA